AUCAGAUCCGAGGCAUCUCCUGGUAGGCACUUGCCAAUAUUUCACCGAAUUCAUUUCGAGGUCUUCAAAUUUGUGAUCGCUGGCAAGGGUCAGUGACAAUCAUGACUGUAAGGAAACAUUACACACCAGAGGUCCUUCUGAGCGCUCCGAGAAGAUCAGCAGCUGUACCCAGCUCAGAUGGAAAGCUUGCUUUAUACACACAGUCAACCUAUUCAUUCGAGACCCAUACCAGAACCAAUGAAAUAUGUGUCCUAGAUCUCACAACCGCUCAGUCUGUCACCAUCAGCAAAGACGCCAAGGCGAGCGAGCCCAGAUGGACAGGCACCAACCACGAGGUCAUCUGGCUGAAGGAGUGCGAAAACGGGAACACAAGCUUCGUUAUCACUGAUGCCACCUUCCCAGGCAAGUGUUAUACCGCUGGCACUGUUCCCGGUCCCGUCUCCAACCUCAAGCUUCAUGUCAUCGAAGCUGGCAAAGUAGUUGUCGCCGUUGCCGGACAAGCCAACCCAGAUGGCAGUCUUCAUAACCCCAAGGACGUGCAGAAACCGCACAGCUCCGCUCGGCUCUACGAUUCGCUCUUCGUUCGACACUGGGAUGCCUACGUCACGGAGCAGAGGAAUAGCAUUUUCACAGGUCUCCUUCAGAAAUCUCAACCCGUGGUAACCUCACGACAAGGCCGAUACAAUUUACUCGGCUUCAAGAACGCUUUACAAGGGUCAAGAUUCGAAUGUCCCAUCCCGCCGUUCGGCGGUACCGACCAUUUCGACAUUGGGCCGACGGGGCUGGUCAUCGUAGCGAAAGACCCCGAUCUCAAUCCCGCCACACACACCAAGGGCGACUGCUAUUUCCUGCCCAAGACAGACAUGAUGGACAUGAGCCCACCUCGCUUCCGUCGGAUUCGUGUUCCCAAGCUGCAUGGUGCAGCCACCUCCCCGGUUUUCUCCCCGUCCGGUGAGUCCAUCGCAUUCCUCAAGAUGGCCGUCGAUGGCUACGAAAGUGACAAGAACCGAAUUGUCCUCGUCCACGGCCUUGGUUGCGACGACGAGCUCUCGGCCACCGAACUCAUGCACACGAGCGACAGCAAAGGCGGCUGGGACCGGUCGCCUAGCUCUCUGAAGUGGACCCCAGACGGCAAAACCCUGCUCAUGGAAGCCGAAGACACCGGACGCGGAUGUCUUUUCGCACUUGACCUGAACCUUGAAGCACCCGGUCCGAACUGGCGGCCUCGCCAACUCACUCACUCAGGCUAUAUAAUUGACCUGGCUCCGCUUUCCUCUGACUCACACCUCUUCCUCGUCUCGAGCAAUAGCCUCGUCGACAACAGCACAUACACUAUCGUCGACUCAUCCGGCCAAUCGGCACCAGUGCCACUCUCAUCCUUUUCGAAUGGCGGCGCUCGCUUCGGCCUGUCGCCCCAACAAGUCUCGUCGCUAUGGUGGAAAGGCGCAAACUCUCACCCGGUCCACGCGUGGAUGAUGCGUCCGUCAUUCUUCCGCGCCGACCACAAGUAUCCCCUGGCAUAUCUGAUCCAUGGCGGCCCACAAGGCGCUUGGAACGACCAGUGGUCAACGCGUUGGAAUCCCGCUGUUUUCGCGGAGCAAGGGUAUGUCGUCGUUUGUCCAAAUCCGACUGGCUCAACCGGAUACGGGCAGGGAUUCACCGACGCAAUUCGGAACGAGUGGGGUGGACUACCCUACGUAGAUCUCGUCAAGGGCUUCGAGUAUAUCGAGGCGGAACUGAACUUUGUCGAUACGACCAGGGCGGUGGCACUCGGUGCGUCCUACGGAGGCUACAUGAUGAACUGGAUGCAGGGCCACGAUUUAGGACGCAAGUUCAAAGCGCUCGUCUGUCAUGAUGGCGUAUUCAGCAUGACAGGCCAAGUGGCCAGCGAAGAGCAGUAUUUCCCGGUCCAUGACCUUGGAGGGCCGAUUUGGGAGAGGCAGGAGAUGUAUGACCGCUGGGAUCCGAGCCGGUUUACGAAGAACUGGGCCACGCCGAUGCUGGUGAUUCACAAUGAGCUGGACUAUCGGCUGACAAUCUCUGAGGGGCUGAGCGCCUUUAACGUGCUGCAGAUGAGGGGAAUAGAAAGUCGGUUCUUGAGUUUUCCGGACGAGAACCAUUGGGUCUUGAAGCCGGAGAAUAGUCUCGUCUGGCAUCUUGUGGUAGUCAAUUGGAUCAACAAUUUCGUUGGACUGCCGAAGCUGGUUGACAGGCAGGGCAGGGACGGAUCCACGUUUGCGAGGCAUGGUCGUAGGGGGGAGGUUGUGAGAAGGGUUGGGGCGGCGCACUUGGAGCAGUGAAGACUGCAAUCUGUGAACAUAUUCGGACAUGGCAAAAUGAAGUAGGAGUUUGUAAGCGACACUUCAUGUUGACUGCAUCAGGCAUCAGAAGGUUUGGAGCAAAUAGGUACGGACGAUGGUGUUCCAAUGGCCGUUGGCGGUGUUUUGAGGUUGAAUGACAGAGUCUCUCUCCUCGUAUAAUAUACAAUACAAGAGUCUUUUUGGUGAAUGAA